CUCUCCUUUAUAAGCACCAGGUGAUCUCCCCUUCCAUGAAGGGAAAAAAAAUCUCUCGCCAGCAAAGAGGAAGUGAGAUUGAAAAAAAGAGAGAAGAGAUUCUGCAUCCAAAAUCCAUCCACAGUGGGUUCUGCCACCAUGGCCGGGCUGAGUGUUCUACUGGAGACCACCCACAAGAGCCACCCCGGGAAGCCGCCGGCGCAGAUCAUCAGCAAGGCCACCCUUGUGAUCCACGGCGCCAAGGCCAAGCACAAGCAGGUCUCGCCGGCCGCCGCGAGCUCCUUCCUGCAGCGGUGCUUCCUGUGCCACACGGAGCUCGCCGAGGGCAGGGACAUCUACAUGUACAGAGGCGACCGGGCGUUCUGCAGCGAGGAGUGCCGGUGCCGGCAGAUCUUCAUGGACGAGGACGCCAGCAGCAGCAACUGCUGCGCCAAUGGUGCCGGUGCCGCCACCGCGCGCGGCAGCCGGCGAGUCCCUGGCGGCGGCCGCCGCCGCGUCGCGUACUGAUUAGCGGCCAAAACAAAGCAGCCGUGAGUUGAGUGUGUGGGGGCUGGAUGGAUCAUGGUGGAGCGCGGCCAGGCACGAGAGAUCCAAGAGAGCAUUAACCACGGAGGAAGGGAUUAACAGUGAGGAUUAACCAGUAGAUUAGUGUGGUGUAUCUGACAGCUCAUGGGGCGUGGGUCCCAGUCCAGGUACAAGAAGAUGCUAGUACUACAACUACACGACUAGUACGUGGCAUCUCGCUGGACGUACCGGAUAAGAUGGCCAUGACUUGGAGUAGGACCCGCCGCCCCUUUGGGCCCACCUCAUGAAGUGGAUCAGGAUCGAGCGAGUAAUUAGCGGGGCGCCUCUUGUGCCACGUCCCUCUCCCCCCUCUGACUCUGAUAGAGAUUAGCCUACGCACGCAGAACUAACUGCGGUUAGGUUAAAAGGUUGGCCACUUACCAUAGGUCCAUGUCAAUUUUUUUCGUUCUUUCUUCUUGGAUUCGACUUUUGUAUUCUUUCCUUGUGUAAAAUACUAGUUCAAUGUUGGGGUGAUGUUAUUGUACCAGAUGAUGAUCUUUCGAAGAGCUUAUUAUUAAGCCUGUCCGUCUGAAUUAAAUGACCAUGAUGCAUGUCUCUUUCUUUA